UUCUUGUAAUGUAUUUGUACUGAACUGACUGAUACAACAGCCAGGAAAUUAGCUGAGGAUGGGCAUUCAUGACAAUUGCCAACCAGGGGUGGACUGACAACUCAAGGUGCCCCCGGGCAAUAGGGGUUCAUGGGGCCCCUGUGUCCUUGCCCAAACUCAAAAAAGCCUAUGAAAAAGGUACCAGGGGCAUCUCAUGGGGCCCCCUACUGACCCCAGGCCCUCGGGCAGUGCCCAAGUUUCCAAAUGGUCAGUCUGCCCCU